UCCUUCCAGCAGAGCGUCAGAGCCAAUGUUGGUCAGAGCAUCAACAUUAAAGAAGCUACCUGUUCUGUUAUACUCACGAUGCCAGGACAAUUCACAGCGCUAACCCAGGGUUGGACCAUGUGGUGAUGCCAUGCAGAGAAGACACAGCAGCAACACGGAUGGCAUGCCCUCUGAAAGAAGUCGAAGCCAAACCCUGGGAUCAGAGAGCAGCCUGGAUGAGGGCAGCGUGUUCGACUGCCUGAAGCCCGACUCGUCCACUUCACCCCAGCAGCUCUUCUCAGGACUGGUGGGGGUCCCCUCCAGCUCCGUCUCCCCAGCCCAGUUCCAGGCGGCCGGCUUAGUCCUGGGCUCCCCGCCUGAAGUUUUCAUCCAGAUGACCGGGUCCUCCAGAGACGAAGGGUCCGCCCAUCGAACGGAGGGCGGGCCUUUCCUCCCGCGCCCGCCCCAUCACCACCAUCACCACCACCACCACUUCCACCACCAGCCCCUGCAGCACCGGACCUCCUCUCUGCUCCAGCAGGCCACCACGGCGGCGGCCGGCUCCGAGCGGCACGGCUCCAGGGAGGAGGCCCAGGACGAGCAGUCCACUCCAGCUCCGGCUCUGUCUGAGCUGAAGGCUGUGGUCACCUGGCUGCAGAGGGGCUUUCCUUUCAUCCUCAUCCUGCUGGCUAAAGUCUGCUUUCAGCACAAGCUAGGAAUCUCCGUGUGUGUGGGGAUGAUCAGCACGUUCGCCUACGCCAAUUCUACAUUCAAGCACCAAGUGUCUUUGCGGGACGAGCGUUCGGUGUUUGUUGCGUUGUGGAUCGUCACGUUCCUCACGGGGAACAUUGUGUAUAUCUACUACACAUUUAGUCAGGAGGAGCUGCACAGCAGCCUGAUGUUUGGGAAGCCCAACCUGAGCGGCUUCGACUUCUUCGAUCUGAUCUGGGUUGUGGGAAUCACUGACUUCAUCCUGAAAUACGUCACCAUCGGCCUGAAGUGCUUCGUCCUCUUUCUGCCCAAGAUUCUCAUGGCCUUCAAAUCCAGGGGUAAGUUCUACCUGCUGAUUGAGGAGCUGAGCCAGCUGUUUCGGGCUCUCGUGCCCAUCCAGCUGUGGUACAAAUACAUCAUGGGAGAGGAGCCCUCCAACAGUUACUUCCUGGGAGCCACACUCAUCAUCAUCUAUAGCCUCUGCAAGUCCUUUGAUAUUUGUGGACGAAUGUCAGCUCUCCGUAAGGCCUUGGUCAUUCUCUGCAGCUCCCAGAGCUACGAGGUGAGGGCCAGCAGUCAGCAGUGCAGCGAGGCAGGGGACGUCUGCGCCAUUUGUCAGACUGACUUCAAAGACCCCAUCGCUCUGAUCUGUCAGCACGUGUUCUGCGAGGACUGCCUGUGUUUGUGGUUCGACCGCGAGAGGACGUGCCCGCUGUGUCGCGCCACCAUCAUCGAGACCCUGCGGUGCUGGAAGGACGGCACCACCUCCGCUCACUUCCAGAUCUACUGACAGCCGACAGACUGGUCUGUCCUACGAAGCAAGUCCGACUGUAAAGUGGUCAGAAUUUAACUGAAUCAGGGUGAGCAUUAAAGCAGUAAUAAACAAUAAAGACAUGCUUCGCUUCAAGAUAAUCAUCGCCAUUUAUGAAAUCAAAGAUUUAAAAAAAAGGUUUUCCCAAACUGUAUUAAAUAAUAAAGCAGUUUGAGUUUACUCCUGAAGUUUUCCAGAUAAACAAAUAUGGGAUUCUGAAAUGCAGGUACGCAUUCAGUGUAAACAAAGCACUUUAAUCUGCAUAUUUUAAUAUACCAAUCUGAACUUGCAUACCAGAACAUCAAAAUUGUGAGGUUUCUCUAUCCUAAAUUUGUGUUUUUACUUGCCUUUUUAAAUUUUAUUUUAUUUGUACAAAAUUUCAUUAUAUUUAGUGAGUACUUUGUGUCACUUGUUGCUUUAAGUUUAUCUGUUUAAGCGCUUUAAAGGUGACAUAUAAUGCAAAAUCCACUUUUUUAGCUGUUAAAUACAUUUUGUUGUGUAAUUAGUGUCUCUAGGAGGCAAAAAAGUUGAACUGAGUUUUUCCUGAUACUGCGUUUGGGUCAUAUGUUUCUCUUUUUUUCUAUGACAUUUUCUGAACUAUUUGCGAAGGAAUUUUUUUAAACUUUCACCAACUACAAUUUUGUUGUCAUCAUUAUUACUGUUGUCUCUUGUUGACAUCAUUUAAUUCAUUUGUGAAAAAAAAAACGUGGGUGUGAAGCACCUUGUUUGGAUUUAAAGAGGCAGCACCAAAACAAGUUGAUCUGAGACACGCCUCAGAAAAGGGGCGGGGCUUGAGGAGUUAAGAUGAGGAGAAAUUUAGACCAAAUCAUUGCAGUUCCACCUCAUAUAGACCCCGACUGAAGGAUUUAAAUGUGAAAAAGAAGGCUAUGUCUUAUUUAAAUUAUUUAACAUUUAUUCUAGUCACAUUGUGAUCUCUUUACUGUGGUGAUAAAGUUGCACAAGCCUCAUAUUUGUAUUCUUUAUGGCUUUGUCAUGCAUAUUAUUUGAAUGUAUGUAUUUGUACAGUUUAUAUUUAUUAAUAUAAUUUUGAAUUGGGCCUUUUUGUCAUUUAAAUGCAACUCCGGUUCUAAUAACGUUGGGACGUUGUUUUAAAAUGUAAAUUUAAAGUAUUUUAUACACAAGAAGAGUUUGUAAACAUACCAGAAAAUCUUGAAUUUAUGAUCAGCAUAACUCAAAAAAAAAAAAAAACAUUGAAAGAGGAGCAAUAAAAGCUAUUUUAUUGAGGCUGAAUCUCUUCGAAGCAAAGCUUGCCAGAAGUCUGUGGAAAAACUGAACUGUAUUAAUGCAAGGUGGUAUUUUCUCAAAUUAAACCAUUGCUUCACCUUUUUUGAUGUAAACAAGCAACAAUGAUUACAACGAUUCAUGUUAAGUGUACGAAUAAAAGACACAAAUGUGAUAAA